AUGACGACCUUUACAAAGCUCAGUGAUCAGGAGACCCCUGCCAUCUCCAUUCAUCCAUCCAGGCGCAUAUCCAAAAUAAACCCCAACAUUUAUGCGGGGUUUACAGAGCACAUGGGUCGAUGUAUCUAUGGAGGUAUCUAUGAUCCCGGCAACCCAUUGUCGGAUGAGAAUGGCUUUAGGAAGGACGUCUUGGAAGCCCUGAAAGAGCUUAACAUCCCUGCUGUUCGCUAUCCUGGAGGUAAUUUCAUGGCAACAUAUCACUGGAUCGAUGGAGUUGGUCCAAGAGAUCAACGGCCAGCAAGGCCCGAGCUUGCCUGGCUGGGAACAGAAACAAAUCAUUUUGGAACCGAUGAGUUCCUAAAGUGGUGUGAAAUCCUUGGGACAGAGCCCUACUUUUGUUUGAACUUUGGAACAGCACUGGGCUGGGUCGAGUAUUGCAAUGGCAAGGGAAACACUUACUAUGCCAAUCUCCGAAGGAAGAAUGGUCGUCAAGAACCAUACAAUGUCAAGUAUUGGGCUCUUGGUAAUGAGACAUGGGGUCCAUGGCAGGUAGAACAGAUGACCAGAGAAGCAUAUGCCCACAAAGCAUAUCAGUGGGCAAAAGCUUUGAAACUUCUUGAUCCUAGUCUGGUGUUGGUUCUCUGUGGACAAGAUGGUACGGCGUCAUGGGACUACUAUACAUUGAAGCAGUGUCUACUUCCAGCGCAUUCUCCUCUUUCAACCAGCACAGUUCCCCUCAUCGAUAUGCACAGCAUUCAUCUUUAUACAUCCUCUCCAUCUCAUUUACCAAACGUCACUGCUCCUCUGGCUGCGGAGCGAGCUAUUGAGAUAACCUCCUCCCUAAUCGACCUGGCAAGAAUUGAAAACGGAGUUCCUCCAGGCCAACUCCGACCAACCAUCUGCUUUGACGAGUGGAAUGUUUGGGAUCCAAUCCGUGCGGAAGGCAGCAAGGGUGCUGAGGAGAGCUAUACUCUCUCGGAUGCAUUGGCGGUAGCUGUCUACCUAAACGUCUUUAUUCGUAAGAGCAAAGAUGUCGGAAUGGCUUGCAUUGCGCAAAGCGUUAAUGUCAUCUCUCCCCUCAUGACCAGCAAAGAUGGCAUUACCAAGCAGACCACUUGGUGGCCUCUGUAUCUGUUCUCCCGGUUCAUGCGUGGCUGGACGAUUGGCGCGCAUGUGGCAUGCGGAACCUACGAGGGUGAAACCUCUCCCAAGUGGGUUCGCAGUGUCAAGGACACUCCCUGGCUUGAUGUCAGUGCUACACUGGGUGAUGACGGGUACGUGAACGUUGCCGUCGUCAAUAUCCAUGAAGAAAAGGAUCUUGAGAGCAAGGUGGACGGUGCCACCGGAGAAAUUUCUGUAUUUACGGUCACUGCUGGUGAUGUCGCGGCGUCUAAUAUGAAAGGCAAGCAGGAGGUUGGAGUCACUGAGAGUACAUGGGAUGCUAAAGGCGCGUAUCUGUUCCCGAAACACUCUCUAACUCUUCUGAGAUGGAAGGCUGAAUGA